UCAGGGGAGGGGAUCAUGUUGAACCACUGCAGUGCACUGUUGAACAAUGUGGUUUAUUCAUGUUAUGGUCUGUGGGCAUAAUAUGACAGUAUUCUUAAAUGUCACAGUAUUUACCAACAACAACAUCGUUACGACAUGUAAACAAGCUAUUGUACCAAUCUAUCUUUUAUAAGAUUACACAUUAUAAAACACUGCAAUUUAUGGCUACAGUUCAUCACUUACUUCCUUCAAUUAGUGAAUUCUUUGCCACACUCCAAGAUCGCUCGGAUUAUGCAGAAACACAGAGACACAGGCGACAUAAAGCAGCUAUCCUUCUUCAACGCAUGGCUAGAGGCUAUCUUAUUAGGAAGUACGUGAAAUGGCUGCACUUUAAUGCUACCAUUAUACAGUGCGCUUGGAGAAGGUAUAAAGCCAGACAGAUGUACCGACAAAUGUUGAAGGAAGCUGUGAAGAGGAAACACGCGGAGUACUAUAACAUGAUGGCUAGAAAAAUACAGGGUCCCUGGCGUGGUAAAAAUAAUAGAAGCGUGGGCUUUGACUUCUACGCCUACAAGCGGUGGCUGGCAACCGUAAAAGAGCUUGGGGAGAGGAGAGCGGCAGAAGCAGCCGAGUUUGGUAUCACAAGUCGAGCCGAUGACCUCAGGGUUCUGGAGGACGAGGCGCGGAAGUGGAUGGCGUACGUCGUGUUCAAACUCCACCACCUGCUCCGAACCACAGUAUGCGCCGGCAUAUACUCAAACAAAGGCUCAACCGAGCUCUCCGAAUUCGAAAAGCUGCUCAACUCCAUUCACUACACCGAAUACAUGAAAAGGUUGAAGCGGAAAUACGAUGACUAUGUACGCAAGAAGCGACCAAGAUUCUCAAACAAGCGAUUGUUUCCUAUCAUUGGGGACGGCGCUGAUUACUGGUACUUGUCCUUGCCAGAAAUGUAUGAAUUGACGCGGCCGAGCCCGAGGGUAGUGAACACAAGACACGUGGCGACGCAUCGCGGGGACAUCCACGAGAAGCCGUUUAUGUGGAGGAAAGUGAGACCGAAGCCAUUUGAGGGAAGAGGACCAUUUCUGGCGUCUUCAGCGACUGCGGAGUGUAAAUGUUGCCCCUGUGCUGUACCCAACUCUGCAAAUGAAGGCGGUCGCGGCGAUGGCGUACACAAAGACCCCCGCUUCCAUCUCUACGUAAAGCACUACACCCCACAACCCAAGUUGUUCGAUUACGUCGACUUCCACGUAAACGCGCUACUGAGUCGAAAGUGUGAAAUUUUCGAAACGAAAGAAAAAUUCACAACCCGUGAUGAGUCUUGUCACUGUAUUUAUAAAUAUGUCAGCCGAAAAUAAUGCGUGAGUGAUCAAACAGUCGGGCAGCGCCGUUGUGUGUUUUUUCUUUAUUUUCCCCGGCAUCGGACAUCCGUAAUCAGGCCGCUAAGUUUGGAGGCUCGGGCGGUCGGAUGUAACGGGCCGCGGGCCUUUUAUUAUUCCUCUUUUGUUGUUGUGAAUUUUACACUUGUAAUUCAUUUCAGGAAACGCCUUGGUGAAAAAGAAAUUGUGUAAGACUCUCCAAGAAAAAUGUGUUUUUAUAAAAUUACGCUCCUGUAGAUUUAGAGGCCGAAUAUUUUAUUUUCUUAUUUAUCGCCGUGAAUUGUGCGAGUAGCUUUUUCAUGACGUGCCGCCUUGUUACCGUCAGUAUUGCAAUUCACUAGUGAUAUUAGAUUUUGCAAAUAAAUUAUAGAUAUUAAAU